AUGUCGACCCUCACUCGCGCAUUUACCAAGCGCCACAAGCGGCCAGAAGUGUCGGCGCCCAUGCCAUAUCGUGGCGAAGAACAUGUCAAGACACAUACCAGAUUUAAUUCCGGCUCCAUCAAACGUGGCAAUAUCUCUGGACCCGUUCAACUUAUUUCGACCACCAACAUGCUCGCAUACAACGCGCCCGACUUAAAUGUGCAUGUCAGCUCGCCCCAUUCGUCUUCUGCAUCAUCCUUGCGGUCGCGCGACGAUUCAGAAAUCGCCGUAUCCCCAAACAGUUACGCUUCUUCUGUCACCACACCUGAGGGUUCUGCCCACGACGGCUCCCCCAUCGACGGUCCUUCUUCCUACUUUCCUAAACGGUCGGCUACAGUCACCAGUCAACCACGCUCUUCCCUGAACUCUGCCUCAUCAAUGGACGCUCCAAUGGUACCCAAGCGGGCGCUGUCCCAUACCAAGCGAUCUCACCAAGACCUCGCUCGCAAGCGCUCGCAGUCAAGAAUGUCACCCCCGCCUUUGAAAUCGCCACGCAGCACUCCUGCAAUUCGCGCAUCGCAGGAGAUAUUCAGGCCGGAGAUGCACCCAUUCAGCAAAGAGUUGGAACAGGUUAACGAAGUGGCCGAAGAGUUUGGCAGCCCAUACGUUCUGGAUGAGGAAGAAAUGAUUCUUUCUCGCAAAGGACUAUACAAGUUUACCGUCGAUGAUUACCUCGAAGAAAUUGAAGAACUCUACGGUAAUUGUUUCAACGACAAGUUAGGAUGCGCAACCACUUCAAAUCCCUGGCUAUAA